CGCUCUGCCUCACCACCAGUAUAUCUGAUCUGAACACGGCGCGCUCCUCUCCAUACGGCAUUUCUACUCCAACACAGCGACCAGAGGCUUCGUCUGGCUGACACAAGUUGAGUCAACACGCUGGGAAACGCACCGCCUGGAUUUAUGUGGCACCUCCAUAAACACUGUCGUCUUUUCUGCUGCGCCGGAGGACUUUUCUGUAUCACUGCCGUUUGCCGUAGACCUUCAUUCUGCUCUUUUAGAAAUGUGUUUGUAGCCACUUAAGAGUUGAGUUGCAACCAUUAACCGCCCGGUCAUUAAAUACCUGCAGAUCUGCUGCAGGGGAGUUUCAGCGGCACGCAGGAUCCUGCAGAGAAUCAGGAUAUUUCUCACACGUGAACAAUGCUCAGAUUACAGACUAUCAUUUGCACUUUUUCUGUGCUGUCUGUUGCAGCCAGAGCUGAUUUUAAAGCGCGGAAUUGCAGCGAGGUGAGGGAGGCUUGUACUGGGAGAGGCUUCAGCUUCACACAUGUUCCUCUACAGGAGAUCCCAGGUGAACAUCUUCGUGUAUGCCCCCAGGGAAACACAUGUUGCACCCAGGAAAUGGAAGACAAGUUCGGCCAGCAGAGUAAACAGGACUUUGAGAAUCUGAUGGAUGAAAUGAGCCAUGAAUUGAGAACCACUUUUGUUUCCAGACAUAAAAGAUUUGAUGAAUUCUUCCUGGAGCUCCUGGAGAACACAGAGAGGUCACUCAACGAGAUGUUUGUGAGGACUUACGGCAAGCCUUACAUGCAGAACUCAGAGGUCUUUGAGAAUCUGUUUUCCGAGCUGAAGCGCUAUUACACAGGAGGGAACGUUAACCUGGAGGAAAUGCUUAAUGACUUUUGGUCUCGGCUGCUGGAGCGCAUGUUCACGCUGCUCAACUCCCAGUAUGUCAUCACAGAGGACUAUCUGGAGUGUAUCAGCAAAUACACAGACCAGCUCAAGCCCUUUGGAGACGUGCCCAGGAAGCUCAAGGCUCAGGUUACCCGGGCAUUCAUUGCUGCACGCACAUUUGUCCAGGGGCUCUCCGUCGGCCGGGAAGUUGCCCAGAGAGUGUCAAAGGUAAGCAGCACCCCAGCAUGCAUCAGAGCACUGACCAAGCUGCUGUACUGCCCCUUCUGUCAGGGCAUGCCGGCAGUUAAAUCCUGUAAGAACUACUGCCUGAACGUCAUGAAGGGCUGCCUGGCCAAUCAGGCUGAUCUGGACCCUGAGUGGAACCUGUACAUUGAUGCCAUGCUGCUGGUGGCACAGAGACUGGAGGGACCUUUCAACAUUGAAUCUGUCAUGGAGCCUAUUGAUGUCAAGAUUUCAGAGGCCAUCAUGAAUAUGCAAGAUAACAGUGCCCAGGUCUCCUACAGGGUUUUUCAAGGCUGUGGCCAGCCAAAACCCGCAGGAAUGACUAGGUCUGCCCGCGGUGUUUCGGAUGUGUUCAACGCUCGCUUCAAGCCAUACAGCCCGGAGGAGCGGCCGACCACUGCAGCUGGCACGAGCCUGGAUAGACUGGUGGUCGACAUAAAAGAGAAGCUGAAGCUGUCAAAGAAAUUUUGGUCCAACCUGCCCGAGGCGAUGUGCGUGGAGGACAGAGUGACCGCUGGAAAUACCAGCGAUGAGGAGUGCUGGAAUGGACACACUAAGGGCAGGUAUUUCCCUGAAGUUCAAAAAGAUGGACUCACAAACCAGGUGAACAACCCCGAGGUGGGUGUGGACAUAACUCGCCCCGACACCUUCAUCCGCCAGCAGAUCAUGGCUCUGAGGGUGAUGACCAACAAGUUAAAAAACGCCUACAACGGAAACGAUAUCUACUUUCAAGACUCAAGUGAUGAAGGCAGCGGCUCAGGCAGCGGCAGCGGCUGCACAGACGCCUGCCCCACAGACAUGGACGAUGCCGCUACCGAAGCCCCGGUGGUGGAAGCUGACCGGAGCGGGCCCGUGGAUGGUUCAGCCCCGCUCUGUGCUCCCUCUGUAGCCCUGCCAACCAUUCUGGCCCUCUCAGCCCUGGCACUCCACCAACAAUGGAGAUAAUGCUGGAGAAACCAGCUAAACAUGGACAGCAGGGUUUAUUUUUUUCAUUUUUGCAGUUUUUGUAUUCAGAUUGGAGCUACAGUCGAGCAGACGGUAUCGGCACUGCUCGCCUCACAGCAAGAGGAGGCUGCUCUGAAAAAGCAGAGCAGUCAUGCAUCAUGAUUUCCCACUUUUCCCAAAGAUUGUGCAGUGCCAUCCUUAGACUUGAUAUUUCACGGCAUCACUCCCCGUCUAACCCUGAUGCCGACCCCACAAACUCUGCUUCAGAGAUGUCUUGCACAUAUGGCAGGUAUUAAUGUAGGUCUCCAUGUGGAAAAUUAUAACACGCACUUUGAAUGUUUUGAUUUUUUUAAUGCAAAAAACUGUUUGUGUGUUGAGAAUGUGGUUAUUUGAUGCAUCAAAAAGAGGCACUUGAUCAAUUUUAAUAUAUGUUAAAUAGGAUCUUUUGGGAAAUGUCGAUCUAUUUGCUGAAAAUUCAGGAACUUUUGGUUUUAACAUUUCAUAUUAAUUGAAUCCUUCCAUUGUCAUUCAAACAUGUGCCAAUAGCAGAUAAUCAUCAGAAGAAACCAUUAUUAUGCUCUGAUAUUGAUCAGAGCUGUCAUAAAUUCAUUCAUGUUGCAUCAUCUUCUGCUUUUAACAUGGCAACCUCAUAGGUUAAGGAUUUUCUGGGUCUGCUCAUUCAGUAGCGCUCCACUUUAACUGUUCAACAGCCACCUUGUGCUGAACUCCCAUUUUAUGAAAAGGGAUUAGACUGGCUUUUUUAUUAUGCAUUUGCCUUGCAACAAAUUUAUAAUCUGCAAAAUAUUUGUAUAUCAUGCUGGUUUCUCAGGCUCAGCUUCAGGAGCAGACAGCCUCGACGGAAUUCAAAUGAAGCAAUGAUCGACACAAGGGAAAGGUGCCACCGAAAUCCAGUGAUGCCAUCAUAGGAGUGGCCGCUCUGUAGUGUUUUGGGAUGCAGGUCCUCAUUUGUAAUGAAUUUAUUAAUGUCAGAGAGGACUUAACAAAGCCAGUCCAUCAGAAGGGGGUUAAAUAUACCAGUAGGUAAAAUGUUACCUAAAAUGUUUCUUUUUAAUAGCAUCUGGGACCUGCAUGCAAAGCUGCUCUGCUCAAAACAUACUCAGUUGGAAUUAUCAUUGGACAUGCACCUCAAUUCAGUACAGAUUGCCAUCACCAAAGAAGGUCUUGUGCUGCUGUAGUUUCCUUUAAAAUGUUUGUAUUUUCUGGAUUUUCUUUUAACAAUUCUAUAUAUUUUUUGUCAGUAAUUCUGGAUUUGCACAAAAAGGGGCAACAGGAACAAAAAAAAAAAAGAAGUGCCACUUUGGCAGAUGUGAUUGUUCGCCAAGGUGUGUUCGUUUACUGUAUCUACAGUUUGGAUUGAUAGUUUUUACUGUAUACUGUAGUGUUUUUAAAUGCCAGAAGAUAGAAUUAAAAGUGAAGUUAAGUGUCAAUUUUUCUGUAAAUUGGUCCCCUUGAUUAUGUAAAACUGCAGGAAUUAUUAAAAGAAGUAGUAGCAAACAGCACAUAGUGGUUACUGGAAAUGCAAAGAAAAGGUCCCUAAAUUUAUCUGUAAAGCUUGAAUGGUUGUGUCUGCAGCACAGACAGGCUUGAAGCCGACCACAGUCACCUGUGAAAUGAGAAUCUGUGGAGACCGGACAGGCCUGAAUGCUCCGCUGAAGCUCCUCAGUAGAGCGUACUUACAGAGAAUGUGAGAGGCCUGGCACUGCUGAGGGGGGCGGACAAAACCAGCCGCUAUGUACGUCCACUGUUCUCUGAGAGCCCGUCAGCUCCAUAACCACAGGGCCAGCUAAGCUUACAUAUCCACAAUGUUACGCCCUUAGCAGUAUAUACAUGAAUAUGUGUUGAGCUUUUUUCAUUAUUGCACUUAUAGUACAACAGCAUUUGCAUAGCAACAUCAAGAGAAAAUCUGUCAAAUAUGUCAUUUUAAAGGAUUCUUUAUUAUGAAUACUGAUCUUACAGGAUGCCCUUUUUAUGUUUUGUAUCAUUGAACUUUUCAUGGUAAUAUUUUUGCAAUAAAAUAUUGAAAAAGGAUGUCUGGUCAGAAAAAUUAUCUGAAAAAUAGAAGUAGCAGGAAACGCUGUAUGAAACAUUUUUUACAAUCAAUACAUGGCUGUGUGAGGUCAAACCCUAAUGAGGUAAAGACAGGUGGAAGUUUGAAUCUUAAUUCAAACAGAGUUUGGAGGAGCUAGUUGAGAAAAUAUGCCUUAUUGUUUUUCAGUGCAAUUGAGACAAUUGCAUUUGUGUUUUGUUACUGUUAUUGACAAUAAAUAUUUAUU